AAAAAAGAAUGAGAAUACGAUAGUUGUAUGAGAAGGUGGAAAUAAUAAUAAUAAAAAAAAAAAAAAGAUCUUGACAGUAAAGGGGAUUCAUCCAUCCGUGCGAAGAUGCAAUAAAAAUAAAAAAGUCCAUAGCAAAAAAACAAAAAUGGGAAAAGCAUUUUGCAGAAAGCAAGCUCCCUCAGACAUACCCCAUCUCGAUUGCGUUUUACAACACACCAAACCAAACCUCUCUCACACAACACACACUUUCGGGGAAGAGUGGAACAAAAACCUUCCCUCAAGCACUGGACAUGAAGCUAUCGGGCAAACCCGUUUCGAGUCCGGGUCGGACAGACAAAUUCCCUCCACCACUCAUGAGGUUCCUCAGGAGCAAUGCAGGGAGCAAAAGCAGACGGUCCAGGUCAAGCCCAAUGUUCCUGCGCAAGAAAACCACCACCAACAUCCAAACACAAACCACCCAGGAACCUUCUUCCCCCAAGGUCACCUGCAUGGGGCAAGUCCGAGUUAAACGCUCUUCCAACACCAAACGCGACGUCCCUCCCACGCGCUGCCGCUGUCGCUGGGUUCCAAAGUCCAACCCCUGCCGCUACCGGCCCUUCUGCCUCACCUGGCCCUUCUUCCGUCGAAAGUCCAAGCAACACUCCCGGCCCAACCACCACCAAGAAUCGGAAUCAGCCUCCGAAGAAAGAACCAAUGCGGAUAAAAAUAUCGUUUCUUUUGCUUCCAACCCUAGCACGCCCCCGAAAAACGCUUUGUUGUUGACCCGUUGUAGAUCCGCCCCGUACAGAUCCUCGUCGCUGGCUUGUAGGUUUUGGAGUUCCCCCGUUAAGGACCAAGAAACGGACUUUCCGGACACGGAACCUGCCUCCGAGGAACCCCAAACGGACACCAAACUUGGGUUUCUCGGAACGAAAAUUGCCUCACUCACCCAAGAAGAAAAGGUUGAGGAAUUAUCAUCUGACCAAAAAGGAGUUGAACUGGUGUCUGCAAUCGAAUCACGCCCUAGUGUACUCACUAGGUGCAAAUCGGAACCGGCGAGAACCGGACAUAGAAUUGACCCUCUGGUAAAUAAUCUGUGGAAAAAAAGGCGUAACUGGGUGGGGCUUUUUGUCAUAUGAGCCUGGUAAAUAGAAAGAAGGAAGAGGAGAAGAAGAAGAAGAAGGUAGAAGUGGGUUGGAGUACUUGUUUUUCGGUUCUCGGUAGUUAAUGCCUUUCUUGUCAUUACAUUGCAGACAUACACAGCACAAGCCUGAAUUUCUCUUUUUCUCUGCCGAC